AUCUGAAGUCAAAAAGUUGUUAUGGCAAACGAGCGAUCAAGCUCAAUCCUCUUCCUUUCUGUUCUUGUACUUGUUUUGGUCUUCUCUCCUACACUUCAAUGUCAAGCAGCUCGAGUGCAUCUCGAUGUUGAAGGGCAUAUGCUGCUGAGAGCACCAGUGCCAAUUCGGUUUUGCCCUGCUUGUGCGUGUUGUGCACCGGCUCCAAAAGGUUCUUGCUGCCCAUGCCGAUGCACCAACAAUCCCCAAAGGAUGUGACUUUGCUUUCUGCUAGCAUGUAUGUGUUUGAUAUGUGAAUGUGUAUGUGCAAAAUGGUCAAAAUUUAAUGAAAAUUAACAAUUCACAAGU